AUGGCUUCGUCGUCUCCUGUCAACCGUCCAGCCCACCCCCUCCCCGCCGCUUUGCCUCCCGUCGGCGCGUCGAAAGCACAAGCUGCCUUGGCCAAGAUCAUAGCCAUCAUCUCCACCGUUCCUCCUCGCCUUCCCGAGGCAGACGCCCUCCGCCAUGGCGGCGAUCCCGAGGCGGCGGGUCGGACGACGACGCCCGCGGGGCAGCUUGGUUUCGGCGUCGAUCUGAAGCUCAGGUUGGGCCUGGCGACGGAGAUUAGAGGAGGAUCGGCCGAGGGAGAUGGCCCCACGGAGCAGAGUGGCGUCGUGGACGCCCCCGCGUCGGCGGAGCCCUGCCGCAACGUGCGGGCCGUGGAGGAGGUGGCCCCCGUAGGAGUGUCGGGAGCGGCGGCCGAGCGCUCGUUGUCGCCCGCGGUGUCCGUCGCUGGCGGCGGCGACGCUUUGGCUUCUGAGAAGAGCUCGGAGGGCGAAUGCGAUCCCCAGGAGGAGAACGGAGGAGAGAGCCGCAACGAGGCCGCAGAAGACGACGCUGAGGAAAAGGCUUCUGCAGAACAAAAGGAAACGGACGGAAGCGGCGGAGCGGAAGCGGGGACCACUACCACCACCGCUAUCGCCACCAGCAGCAGCAGCAGCAGAGGCCGCAGAAGCGACGGUUGCUUGGACUUGCUCCUGGAGGCCGUCCGGCAGGUCUCGGGCGGCCUCUUCGACGACGACGGGCCGGAAGCAGAGAAGGUCGAGGCUACCGCGGCCUCGGAGGAGGCGCCCGCGCCGUCCGAGAUGACGGCGAAGAGGUCCGCGGUCGGCGACGGCGGGGGGAAGAAGCGGAGGGAGACGGACGAGUGGUGGAUACCGCUGGAUCUCUACGAGGAAGAGACAGCCCCGAUCGUGCGGUCGAAGCGGGGGAGGAGCCAGGCGCUGCCGUCGAGGUACCGCGACUCGAUCCUCGACCCGUGGAGGAAGCCGCCCGCGCUCUCCCGCAACUCCACCGGGCGUCGCGGUCACGAAAGGGCACCGGCCGCCACCCGGUGA